CGCGGAGAUUCGGAGAGCAUAGAAACUCGGCUUUGAAGGGGGAACCUCCAUGGCGUCUCGCCUUCCUACUCGCAGCCUCAGCUGCAGAAGGGAGUUCCACAUAUACUUUCUAGGAGGUCCGGCUCACACCACUUUUGUGCGCUCCCACAGCCCCGCCGCCGGAUCCUAGAACACGGAACCCCGCAUUGAGCUCAGUUCAGCAAGAGUACAGGUCUGUCACCACGACCGAUAAGGAGCGAAAGAAAUCGCAGAGAAUACAGAGACUACAAGAUGGCGUCGGCAGACUUUGCUAGAUUAAGCAUCUUUGGGACGGUGUUCGAGGUCACGACACGCUAUGUGGACCUGCAACCCGUGGGCAUGGGUGCCUUUGGGCUCGUGUGCUCGGCAAAGGACCAGCUCACAGGCGCCUCGGUGGCCAUCAAGAAGAUCAUGAAGCCCUUCAGCACCCCUGUCCUCUCCAAGCGGACGUACCGAGAGCUCAAGCUGCUCAAGCACAUCCGACACGAGAACAUCAUCUCGCUGUCCGACAUCUUCAUCUCGCCACUCGAGGACAUUUACUUUGUCACCGAGCUCCUGGGCACCGACCUGCACCGACUGCUGACGAGCCGGCCGCUCGAGAAGCAGUUUAUCCAGUACUUUUUGUACCAAAUCCUCCGUGGUCUCAAGUACGUCCACUCGGCCGGUGUCGUGCAUCGUGAUUUGAAACCGAGCAACAUCCUCGUCAAUGAGAAUUGCGACCUGAAGAUCUGCGACUUUGGCCUGGCGCGAAUCCAGGAUCCACAGAUGACGGGCUACGUCAGCACACGAUACUACCGAGCGCCCGAGAUCAUGCUGACGUGGCAAAAGUACGAUGUGGCUGUCGACGUGUGGAGUGCUGGGUGUAUCUUUGCCGAGAUGCUCGAGGGAAGACCGCUGUUCCCCGGCAAGGACCACGUCAACCAAUUCUCCAUCAUCACUGAGCUCCUGGGCACCCCCCCGGACGAGGUCAUUCAGACGAUUUGCAGCGAGAACACGCUCCGGUUCGUCCAGUCGCUGCCCAAGCGGGAGCGCGUGCCAUUCUCGCAAAAGUUCCGGAACCAGGACCCGCAGGCGCUCGACCUCCUCGAGAAGAUGCUCGUCUUUGACCCGCGCACCCGCAUCACGGCCGCAGAGGCACUCUCGCACCCCUACCUGGCGCCCUACCACGACCCCACCGACGAGCCAGAGGCAGAGGAGGCCUUUGACUGGAGCUUCAACGAUGCCGACCUGCCCGUCGACACGUGGAAAGUGAUGAUGUACAGCGAGAUCCUUGACUUCCACAACAUCGACGACGCCCAAGGACAGAGCGCCGGGCCUGUCCCCCCUCAGGCGGGGCAGUAAGAAGAAAGAAGAAAUCGGAGGAAAGAUUCGGCAUCGGCGUCCUUUCUCAUGGGAACCAAGGGAACCAAGGAAGCGAAGAAGAAAAAGAAGAGAAAACACACGUACAAGGUAACGGGACGAAGGGACAUGCAUCAAGCACCGGGUUGGCCGGCAACUACAACUACUACUACUACCACUUUCCCACUUUUCCCCCUCUAGAAGUCACCUCGGCGCUCGGCACCACGACAUUUUUUUACCAAAGACGCCUCUCCUCUUGCUCGUAUUCUACAACCACCUCACAGCACUCUCUAGCCGCUCGCGUCGCCUUCGGUCUUGACAAGCUUGUCAUUACCUUUUCCUUUACCUAAUCUCUUCUUCCUCCUCCUUCCCCUCCUCCUCCUCCUCCUCCUCCUCCUCCUCUUUCCCUCCCCCUCCCCCUCCUCC